AAAAUCCACACAAGAUUCUAUCCAUACGCAUAAUUGUCGGGAUCGAUAAUCGGCGAUGUCUGUCACAUGAUCUAGUUCUGUUCAAAAUGGCGAACUUACCUAAGGAACGAUUUGACGCUGCAGUGAAAGUGAUUCAUAGUUUACCUAAAGAUGGUCCCUUUCAGCCAUCAUAUGACAUGAUGCUCACAUUCUACAGCUACUUUAAACAAGCAACAGAGGGGAAAUGUACAAGACCAAAACCUUGGGCUUGGGACAUUGUUAAUAAAAAGAAAUGGGAUGCAUGGACAAAUCUAGGAGAUAUGCCUCAGGAGGAAGCAAUGGUGAAGUAUGUGGAAGAACUUAAAAAGACAAUCAAACACUUCACUGAGAAGGGGUUGGCAAUGAAAGAAAAGGGGGACCCUCGGAUUGUUGAAGCCAUGCCCCAAAACGAGGAGGUUCAAGCAUUCAUGGAGAAGUUGGGAAGUUUCUAUGAGAUUGUGGAUGAAGACUCCCCUGUACCCCGGGUGCCAAAGGACAGUCCCUCAUUACAAACAGAAAACCACAUCCCAGCUGAAGAUGAAACAGAUGAAAACACAGAUGAAAGAACCCCACUAGAAAUAUUUGACCAUUCACAAAUGGUGGAAAAUGUUCUUAAGAAGAGUGAGGAAGUUAAUAACAUAUUAGACCAAUCAGAAGAAGCAUUACUAAAUGGUGGCGAGGAUGACAAUGAUGUUGAUGAUAAAAUUGAUGAUGUUGACCAGGAGCAAUCUGUUGUAAGCUCAAAAGUACAGAAAGAAGAAAAGGACAUUAUCACCAUGAACGGUGACCACAUACAUAUCACAGAGAGCAAACUAACAAUGCAGGCCUACCCCAGGAGAGAGAAGCCACCCUUUGAGUCAAAGGAUCGGGACAGCAGGGGGAGGCGGGAGAGAAACAAGAACAGACCCCCGGUGUCUGGGGAUCAUGUUACCAGUGAGACGGAUAGUGAAGAAGAAUUCUGUGACACGUCAGACCAACCCUCUCAGGAUGAAACAGAUGCUGUACCAAUUUACCCAACAGUAGCCAAUUCCACACCCAUCAAACCAGGAACAGUCAUAGGUAAUCACAUUCGGCUUGGAUCUCAAGAGCACAAUCAUUCCUCCCUUCCCUUCACUCCCUCCAAGAGUCGCUUACUUGGCUUCGGGGUCAGUUCACGAGGUAUGAGCGAGAGUCUCUUGGUUAACGGCCCUGGACAGGAGACGAUGAACCUGUCCUACUGCAGCAGUGGUAAAGAGGACGACCACUGCGGGGACAAGAGGGACCUUGAUUCUAACACCUCCAACUUUGACAGCUCUGAUAAAGAUGUUCGUGUCCUGGGUGGGGGUGAUAUGUCUCCCCCCGGGGGCUACUCGCAAGGUCAAGGUCAGACAAUGGUCAGACAAAACUUGAGAGGAAGACAAAUGGGUGCAAGGCAAAACCAGCAAGGUGUUUCCUCAGGGUCUCAGAGUUACUCCGGUGCAGGAGGAGGAGGGGGGAGGGGCCAUGAAGAAACCCCCAUGGGGGGCCCCCCUGGAAGUAUUGAUGCCCAAAUGGCAUUGGCGCUGAUUCGCUUACAGCAAGACAUGAAUCGUGUGAUGGAAAGGGUCAGCAAUCUUGAAAAGGCUCAAACAGAGCAGGGAAAGAAUACAACUCUGAAAAAAGAUAAAAAGGUAUCCCAGUGGUGGCCUUUUGAUUUCAACCGCCAAUCCUUGUUUGCACUCUUGGUCUGGCCUCUCAUAGUACACUGGAUACUACUGAAGCUGUUUCAUAGAAGGCGACACAGACCCCAGUGAUUGUGUUCAGUUGAUGCUCUGAAGAUUGUCUGUGAUUUUAAUUCUCUAAUUGUAUGACUUCUGUGUUGAAGACCAUUUUAAAUUCUAAGUAUUUGCAGCUGUGUUUUUUUUAAUCAGUUAUAAAGUAUUUAUGUUGGAAUUACAAUAAACAAAUGGAAUUCUACAA